CACAUUCGAAGAGCUAGUGGCGAGCCGUGACACCCCUUGCAUUGCUCUUAUGUGCCUCGGCGUUUAAAACACAAAGUAUAUCAGCUCCCCCAGCCAUGCAACACCAGUCUUGGCUUGGUUUAUAGACAUAAUCCUCACUGAGCACACAUCUUGCAACCAGCCGGCCCCCCACUCGCUUUGUCUUAUUCCCAAACCCUAUCCUCGUCGGCAGCCACAAGUUUGAAACAUGGGUUCCAUCGAGACUCUCACCACCAUCUCCCCCACCACGGGCGAGGGCAUUCUCACCCGCCCAGGCGUCUCCCCCACGGAGCUAGAGGAGCUCCCCAAAGCCGCCACCAGAGCUUUCGAGUCAUGGAGGAAGACAUCGCUUGCGGACCGUCAAAGCAUUGUGCGCAAGGCGCUCGACGGGCUGCUUACGAAACAGGAUGAGCUUGCCAACGAGCUGACGGUCCAGAUGGGCCGGCCCAUCGCAUACACAGCCAAGGAGGUCGCGACAGCUGUCAAGAGAGCAGAGUACCUGCUCAAGAUAAGCGACGAGACGCUCAAGGACACGGACGGCGAGGCCGAGAAGGGGUUCAAGCGUUUCAUCAGAAAAAUUCCAGUCGGGCCUACGCUGAUUAUUUUUGCAUGGAAUUACCCAUACCUCAUUCUGGUCAAUGCCCUGAUCCCGGCGCUGCUGGCCGGCAACAGCGUCAUCCUGAAGCCAUCGCCGCAAACGCCGACCAUUGUCGAGCAUGUUGCCAAGCUCUUUGCCGAGGCUGGGCUGCCCUCAGGCGUCAUCCAGUACUUCCACUGCGGAUCCCCUACUCUGAUGGAGAGCAUCGUCCGCAACCCCCUGAUCAAGCUGGUCUGCUUCACAGGCUCGGUGGCUGGUGGCCUCGCGGUGCAGAAGGCUGCGGCGGACCGUCUCGUCGGCGUCGGCCUGGAGCUCGGCGGAAAGGACCCGGCGUACGUGCGGGGCGAUGUGGACAUCGCCUGGGCGGCCGAGGAGAUCGUGGACGGCGCGGUCUUCAACUCGGGCCAGAGUUGCUGCUCCAUCGAGCGCGUGUACGUCGCCGAGGAGAUACACGACCGCUUCGUCGAGGCGGUGCAGAAGGUGCUCGAGGGCUACCGGCUCGGGGACCCGCUGGACAAGGCGACGCACCUCGGGCCCGUCGUCUCGGCGCGGUCCAAGGAGGCCAUCGCCGCACACGUCAAGGACGCGCUCGACAAGGGCGCCAAGGACGCGACGCCGGCCAACGCGACCUUUGACACGCUUCCGGCCAAGGGCAACUUUGUCAAGCCGACGCUUCUGGUCAACGUCAACCACACGAUGGACGUCAUGAAGGAUGAGACAUUCGGUCCCGUCAUCCCUGUUAUGAAGGUCAAGAGCGACGAGGAGGCGGUCGGGCUCAUGAAUGACAGCGAGUUCGGUCUAACCGCGAGCAUCUGGACCAAGGACACGGACAAGGCGUACGAGCUGGUCGAUCAGGUCGAGGCAGGCACCGUUUUCGUGAACCGAUGCGACUACCCCAGCCCCGAUCUCGCCUGGACCGGAUGGAAGAACUCUGGCAAGGGACAGACGCUGAGCAAAUUUGGGUUUGACCAGUUCGUAAAGCUGAAGAGCUACCACCUCAAGGAUUACCCAAAAUAACUAGACAUGGGCAGAGCCCUGAUUUCAGGGCGAGGCGAAGAAAUGCAAACAAAUGCAAAUGUUUUCUGUCAUUGGAGCGCACGCCAGAUAUUCGGACGCAAGGGAGACAGUUUAUCAGGCCAUCUUUUAGGGACCCGAGCCAGCCCGCCUGCAGGACGAAAGACGCCACUCGCGGCGGCCGGCACCAAGCUCCCUUCCCUCUGCGGGCCAGAUGAGCGUCUGCGCUAUUGGCGACCAUUCAUUUCAAAUCCCGUGAUCCCUUUUUACACCGCAUUCCACCGCGUGGCCGAUGAAACCAAUUCGAAGGUUGCCCCCGAAGGGCCACACCAAAAUGCACC